AUCACCUUCGGAGGAGAUGUUUCAAAAGAAGCUGAUGUAGAAUCUAUGAUGAAAGCAGCUAUGGAUAAAUGGGGAACAAUAGAUGUGCUGGUAAACAAUGCAGGGAUUACACGAGACACAUUAUUGAUGAGGAUGAAGAAAUCUCAGUGGCAAGAUGUAAUUGAUCUAAAUCUUACAGGUGUCUUCCUGUGCACACAGGCUGCUACUAAAGUAAUGAUGAAGAAAAAAAAGGGGAGAAUUAUCAACAUAGCAUCUGUCGUUGGGCUUACUGGUAAUGUUGGCCAAGCUAAUUAUAGUGCAGCCAAAGCUGGGGUUAUUGGCUUCACAAAAACAGUUGCCAGGGAAUAUGCAAGCAGAAAUAUCAAUGUGAAUGCUAUUGCACCAGGGUUCAUUGCAUCUGAUAUGACUGCCGAGCUUGGGGAAGAGCUUGAGAAGAAAUUUUUGUCAACCAUUCCAUUAGGGAGAUACGGCCAACCUGAGGAAGUUGCGGGUUUAGUCGAGUUUUUGGCCCUUAAUCCUGCGGCUAGCUACAUCACCGGACAGGUGCUUACCAUUGACGGAGGGAUGGUAAUGUAAGGUUGGAGUGAGCUUGGUAGACUUCAACUUCUCAUAGGCGAUUUUUGGACUACAAAUGUUAGGGUUGUCUCUUGUUUUGUAAUGCUCACCAGGAAUAAAUCAGGCGUGGUGAAGUUGAAAUAUGUAUGUUUUUGUU